AUGUCUGCCCCCAUUGACCGUCAAGAGAUCGACCGCGUGUUGCGAUUGAAACGCAACCAGCGCGAGGCGCGGGCGUGUUAUCCUUGUCGCCAGCGCAAGGUGAAAUGCGAUAACACGGUGCCAUGUCGGACUUGUCGCCGGCGUGGCCAUCCUCAAAUCUGUGUAUAUGAUCAAGAUCUAUCUAGUUCCAAACCGGCUCGGAACGCGAGCCAGCAGCGUCGCUCCACUGCUCCUCAUGAUUUGAGCCGAACCCCAGCUGCCCAGGGGGAACCCGAUCUCGAGCCUCAGACUCAGCCUUCAGUUCGCAGUCAGUCCGAGAUCCAGUCGCAGCUGAGACAGUACUAUGCUCCCCAGAUGCCAUCCUCGGAUGGUCCUGAUAAUGAUCUUGUCUAUUCGGGCGACAACUCGGUGGUGUCCAUCCUCCGUCAUCGCACUCAAGAUGCCAAUGGUUCCAUGGCCCGUGAGGUGGGCUCUGUUCUGGGGCUGCAAAACACCUACGGUAGUUACCCAUUCAUGGAAUUUAGGACACCUCAAGAUCGAUGGAAAGAACUUUUACGGAUCCUGCCGCAGCGCACGGAGUUGUUAAAAUUCUUCCAUUUCUAUCGUAUAUCAUCGUACCCGUUCAAUCCUAUAAUCAUAGAUAUUGAACGCUUCGAGCUAGAUGUCUGUUCGUACCUGACUGCCCUCGCGGCUGGGGAGUUGCAGGACGCCACUCGUAUUUCCGAACGCUGGGCCACUGAUCGGUCCGUCGGUCUCAUCAGUCUGCUCCUUGCGACAUUGGCUUCUGGUGCACAUUACUCUGAUCUGGAAUACGUCCAGCGAUCAGAACUAUGCCAGGAUUUUGCUAGGCGGUCUUUCCAGGCCCUUCGACUCGCCAACUUCCUUUUCCGCCCGACGAUGGACAUCAUCCAAACGCUUCUCAUCAUAGGGAAUACGCUUCAGAAUACUGGGCAGUCGGAUGCAGCAUGGGCCAUGUUAGGAACGACGGUCCGUCUCGCCCAGACACUGGGUCUCCACACUGAAAAGAGUGUCGCACACCUGCCAGACCAUUUAAAGUACAAAGCACGGCGGUUGUGGUUCACUGUCGUUUGGCAGGAUUGCCUGCUCUGCUUAUGCUACGAUCGCCCUCGGGUUGUCUCCAUAACCGGAUGGGCUCCAGAUUAUUCCAUCUUUUCCAGGACUGACUUGUCUUACACAGAAGCCAUGUAUUUCCUCUGCCGGAUUGCGCUGGGUAUGAUUACAACAGACGGCCCUGACGUACAGCAAACUGCGCAGCAGCUAGAUAUUCUGGCUAGUAUUGACAGUCUCUAUCAACACACCCAGCCACAUUUGCGAGACCGCCAAGAAUGCAAAACACUGCAGCACAACCUAGAACACAUGGCGUUGAAAAUGCACGUGUCUCUUGCCAUAUCCGUGUUGACUCGGCCAGCCCUGAAGCGCACUACAGUUCGCGACUCAUCCUAUGACAUUCUACGUACACGCGCCAAAUUUAGCUUGAUGGACGCGUCUAGGGCCUUUUUGGACUUUCAAGCGCUGAGUGUGGUCCCUCUUCGGAGCUGGUCAAUGGUCCACACCGUCCUCAGCUCCACUCUGCUCCUCUGCAUUUGGGAGGAGACGCGGAAUGAUCCUGAGUGCCGUGACUUGCAACAGAGGGUAAUUGAGGUCUUUUCGGCGGCAGGUUCAGGGGGCACCGCAGAAAGCUCGACGUCGGAGAACGGCCAAUGGUUAUCUGAACGACACAUACGGGCGUUAAUUACCCUGCGCAACGCGGUGCGGACGGCGGUAGACCGAGAAAAGGAGGACGGAAAUGUCGGGGCAGAACGCGCGGAACAGCUCGAGUCAUUUGUGCCCGCGUACGGGAUGCCGGACGGCCUCCCGGACGGUUUUGGCCAGGACUUUUCACCCGCAACCUACCUGGAUUCGAUCAUGAAUGUGCCGGUAUUUGAUUUGUCCAAGGAGUUGGACUUUAUGUGA